GCAAGCGCAGAUAGUUGAUGGCUUUGUGACUUCUAGUAGUUGUCCCACGUAGAUACGGAAUACUUAAGGAUUUGUGUUGUGUUGGGUUUAAAUAAUCACGCAUGGCUUUGAGAAGGUGUUGGCGACUUACCGGUGCUGUCCCGCGGCUUUUAUGGAACAACACCAUCCUGUGUGAAACUUGCGUCCCGGGAGGUCGAGGUUCUGUGUCCGGCUGUGUCAGCACUCGUCCCGUUUACAAAAACACAGAGUUGCUGUUCCGCACAUUCAGUUCAACGCCAGCGAGCACAGAUGUGAGUUAUGAGCGGCUGAAGGAGCUCCUGGCUGGGCGGAAAGCGGUGGUUAUAGAUGUCCGAGAGCCCUGGGAGCUCCGAGAGUACGGCUUCAUCCCCGGCUCCAUUAACAUCCCCCUGGGACAAGUGAACACUGCCCUCCAGCUGGGUCCAGAAGAGUUCAACGAAAAGUACGGGGGUGAAUUGCCCCAGCAGACAGAUAACAUUGUGUUUACUUGUUUGGCGGGAAUCAGGAGCAAGACUGCACUGGACACAGCCGUCACACUGGGAUACAAAGAUGUUCAGCAUUACCCCGGAGGAUGGCAAGGCUGGGUGAAGAAUGAACAGCAUAAAUAAUCAGGGAUCGUGAAACUGGAAAAAAAAAAAAAUAUAUAUAUAUAUAUAUAUAUAUAUAUAUAUAUAUAAACUGUUUAUGUAAUUACUGGAGAUCAGAAGUGACGGCGCAAACCAAGGAGCCUUGUAAAGGGUUUUUAAAAAAAUCUUCAUCUCAUUUAAAUGUUAAAAUCCCAAAGAGUGCAACCAGAGGGCUUCACAAACACACAUCUGCCAUACAAUAUUACUUGAAGUCGCUUGUUAAUUUCUUUCAGUCUCAGUCUCCUGUACAACUUCUUGAAAAGCUGAAAUAAUAUCCUAAAGUGCUAAAGAUUAACUAUGCAAAUGAAAACAGCACUGUGUGUGACUGUGAACUAAUGAGUCAAACAUUUGACGUUGACAUAUUGUAAAUAUUAAAUAGCUCAACAGUCAGUGAAGACUUUGCCAACAUUUAAUAAAUGUAUUUAAUAGUGUAUUUAAUAUUAAUAAAGUUACAGAAGCUAAACAAA